AUGGAUCCUCUGCUUCCAGGUCGACUUAGGUCUAAAAGAAAUAAUAUGGCGAAGAUUUUAACUGCAUUACUUUUUGGAUUGUCAGUAACUGCAAUUGCUAUUCUUAUUUACGGGCAAGAAUCACAACCAAAGUAGGCUAAUGUACUUGCUUCUUCUUAAGAAAUGGCUAAGCCAGGCGAAGUCAUUUUGUUCGAAACUACAGAAUUUAGAAAUAGACAAGUAAAGCUCUACUCAGGAUUUAAGGGAAAUUUGGAUACUCUUUCACCUAACUUUGACGACAUAUUGAGCUCUGUGUAAAUUGGUAAAGGUCUUAGAGUAAAAUUCUGUUAAUACAAAGACUGUGUAUGGUGGGGAUGGAGUGAUUCCUUUGAAGUCCUUGGACCUUAUAACGAGCCAUAUUUUAUUCCUUAUGAUAGUGUAAGCUACAUUGAAGUUUAUUCUUACGAUGAAAAAACUGAGCCAAGAGUGACUAUCAUUGGAGGUGAAAUAAGAUAGUUUGACAGAUCAGGAACAUUUUUGCCAGGAAGAUAUUUGACCGAAGAUCUUUAAAAGAACGGAAUAGACAGACCAAGAUAUGGAGGAGGUGCUUCAGCCAUAUUAGUUCCAGCUAAUAUGGGAAUCUAAAUUUACAAAAAUGACUUUUUUGAAGGAGAAACUAUAACAUUCAAGGGGCCAGACCAAAUAGAUCUAAUUACAUAUGAAAAUGGAAAAUGGAAUGAUUACAUUGGAAGCAUAAUAGUCUCAAGUUACAUGAUUGGGAAGGAACCUGUUUAAAUAAUUGGAUACUGGGAGAAAGUACUAUCGUCUAAUGAUGAAAUCACUACUAGUAUUGAACAAACUUCUGGUAUUGAAAAAUCAUAGACUAAUGAAAAUGAAUUAAGCUCAUCAAUUACAGCUGGAUUUACGUUUGGUGGCGAUGCUUAUGGAUAUAAAGCUUCAGUUAGUGCCACUGUAGGUACUGCAGUUAGAGACACUCAUGACUGGAAAGAAAAAUGGAGAACUGGUCAUGGAUUUAACUGA